AUGUCGACCAACGUGGACAGCGUCUCCGCCUCCACCAUCACCACCACGGCGACCAAGUGCCAUUCCCACAUCCUCACAAUCCAAGGGUACUCGCAGACCAAAUUAUUCGCCGAUGGCACGUCGGUGGAAUCCAAAACGUUCGAGACGGGUGGUUGCACCUGGUACAUCUUGUUCUACCCCAACGGGGCAUCCGCCGCCGCCGCCGACCGCAUCUGCCUCGGCCUCGCCCUCGCCGACAGCUGCGACCGCCCUGUCUGUGUCCAUGCCCAGUUCACUAUCGUCCCUCACCACGGCCGGCCCGCUCCGGCGACAACGUACUGCAACAGCUGCCGGCUGACCUUUCGUCGAAUCGGUGACAAUCGUCGUGGUCCGCCCAGUCCAUUGAUCACGAGGGCAGAGCUCGAAGAAUCGGAGUACCUCGUGGACGACGGUUUCGCCGUCCGGUGUGAUGUCACCGUUGUCAACGCACGGUGGCGUAGCGAUGUGGUCGUGCAGCCGCGUGACCUAGAGAGGGCGGGAAUAGCCUGCAGCUGCAAGGACCAACUCUGCAAACGCCGCCACGCAUCAAGCUGGGAAUCAUCCAAGUCCGAGACGACGCCGACACCGCCACAGCGUCGCCGCCGUGCAGGGAUUAAAGCGGCGUGGUUUCGACUCGUCAGGCGCACACUGCCAUGA